AUGCUGGUACUCGAGUAUUUAAGUAGCAAGUUGGCGCAUGGACAGGUGAAGCAGCAGCAGUGCACCAACGACCAUUUGGAGCCUGGGGGAAACAGGUUCUCUGAUGGUAUGGUGAAUCACUACGCCUGUGGUAUUGAGCAGAUCUGUAACGUGGUGACAAAGAACCCAAAGGCAUCAGCAAUGGCGCGUGGCUGCAGUCUAACCGACAAAUCGUGGGCUUUUGGCAAAAUGCGCUAUUGCCGUCUAGACUAG